AUGGAUCUUUUGACAUCGAUCAGAUUUUUGACCCAAAGGCAACCAACCACGAAGACGAUGACCUCGUUGGCAUGGCUGCUAUGCCUUCUAGUCAUCUCUACACAGGCCAGGUUGACUCCACUCUUGGAAAACGUUCACUGGAAUGUCUCCAAGACGGGCUCCGUGUGCCCUUACGAUGCAGUCAACGUUGAAGUGUCUUGGACAACCAUGUCGCGAUCACAUGAUAUCCACGUCGCCCUUGUCCGAGUUAGCGAUGAUGGCACGGACUUCGUUGUAGCAGAAUCACAAGUGCUGCUAAAGCCCACAGAGUUUACGCCCGACGCAAUUGCCAUCGAGCAUGAUUCGCAUCAAGAGGAAGGACUCACGUGCGAAUUGGACGUGGCAACGUGCGAGCCCACAGUGGCCACGUUGGUGGUGCCGAACCGUCCAGAUGGCCUCUUGAUGGCUGGAGAUAUUCUCGAAGUCGAGUUUGAAGCUGCGACGAACCAGCCCCGAGUGUCAACCAAAGACGACAUCGAUGCCAUCUUGGAUUUUCCCAUUGACAUUGGCGACCAACUUGAAGGAACUUGGAUAACGUUGAAGGUGCUGCGCAUUCGAAUUUUGACCAUCACAACGGACGUUUGGGUUGCCAAUAUCACCAAAGUGCCAGCGGUCAAGUUGCGCCCUGAAGUGCUACAUCCUCGGCACUUUCGCGCCACUGGCAUCAGUUACCGCAUCGCCGUGCCUGGGGUGUACGCGUGGCGGCUAGUGAUACCGGACGCGCCAUCUCAAUUGGAGUUGGAUUCGUCUCACCUUGAGAUUUCAGCGGAUUGCGCGCCUGCUACAGUGAUCUAUGUCGUUGAAUCCACAAGAAACGAAGCGAGGUCAUGGCCACCCCCUCCGGUCAUACAAGUCCGUGGAACCGUCGCGUUGGACGGCUCCCACGCAUUGCAUCUUCCAGACACGUCUGUCCCCCAUACGCCAUCGUGGAGUUUGCUGUUUUGGAUCUAUUUAAGCCAAGAUUCCACCGGGAGCCAUCGUACGCUGUUCUACAAGGGGCCAGGCCACAACCAACACCGGACGCCGUCGGCUUGGCUGCAGCCCCACGACCGUCGGCUCAUCCUUCGCGUGAGUACCCCCGACAACAUGGACGUUGGGAUGACCACCACGAGUGAACUACCGCUCCACGAGUGGGUGCUGUUGAGCUUUACGUUCGACAAUACCUCCGCCGUGUCUUUGAAUGGUAGCAAAGACGACAGAAACAAAACAUUCUCGUACGUGUAUGCGAUCAAUGGCAAAGUGGACACUGAAAUGAACGUCCAUCAUUCCGUCGUGUUGCCCAACUCGGGGGGGUUGUACGUUGGGGGAAACCCUUGGAUGGACGGUGUGCGUGGAUUCAUGCAAAACGUGCGGCUGUACGCGGCGGCGCUGACCACAUCGCAGAUCCAAACGGUGUUUCGACAAGAAUAUGGUCGACUUUUGUCGUCCGCGACAGUGGCGGGCCAACUUAGUGCCAUCCAUCGGGAUCAGCGGCAUAUCCCAGUGUCCGAUCAGACAAUGACAUCUCUGAUGCAACCACUGGACGAACCCGCCUUGGCGGAACUGUUGCGAAUGGGCGAAGCCUAUUUGUAUGGCACGGACACUACGCCUAACGCGACGUUGGCAGCAUGGUACUUUAAGCAAGCGCUCCGUGCUGGGGAAGCUGCUGCGGCCAAGGCCCCUAGCCCUCAUCUAUGCUCUUGA